AUGGUUAAGCGGAAACCCAAAGUAAAUAAAAGAUUAUGUAUUGGGACAGUAGGGUCUAACUAUGAUGGAACAAUCACAAAAUGUAAUACUUUUGAAUCCGUUAUAUUACAAGCAUGUAAGAAGUACUACUCAAACAGGCCACAAGCAUGUGAUAUGUUUUUAUUAGAAAGAGAAGCAGAGAGAAUACUUCAUACACAUAUUAGCGAUCGGCUUUCCUGGUGUAAUGACUGGUUACCGGAAACUCCACUAGAAAAAUUUGAUGGGAAUGCAAUAGCAAAGUUAUUCUUGGCCAUUUCGGAGUUUGAAUAUAUAUAUAACUUCAAAAUAGAAAAAGAAAUGAAGAUUUUGCAGCUUCUGGAUGCUAAAAUAGUUGAUGAAUCAUCUAUUGAGUGCAAAGAAGGCUGGGAAUUUAGAGAAGGAGCAUUUGAAACAUUAAGAUCACUAUGUGAAUUCUCGAGAAGAUUCGUAUUAAUUUCCGUUUCAAAAGGGUCUAAGCGAAUUAAAGAUACAAUUGAAGGAAUUCUCUCGAACAAUCAAGGUAAGUGUGAACUUGAAAUUUCUGUAAGUGAGUUCGAGUACAAAUCUGAAAGUAAUCAUGUUGUUGAGUCUGCUCCAAAUUCGUUGUAUGGUCCUUCUUGUAAGUACAGAGCAUUUAGACAGUCUGUAAAGGAAAUCAAUAAACAAUGCAAUAAAAGAAUGAGAGAUAAAGUACACUACGUAAUUGCGUCCAUAAGCUUGAAUGCAAUUUCUAAACGUGAUAUUUACAUUAAGUCAGUAUUUUUUGGUAACAAAGUUAACGAUUUAGAGUGUAUAUUAUAUUCUGAAAUUGGAGUUAUUAUAGCAAAUUCUCCUUCUACUGUUAACACUUGUGAUACUAAAACUUCUGAAUAUUCUUCCCCCAGUGAGCUGACUCAUUAUUCAUCGUUAUCCAGUAUUGAGAAUUCUCUAAAUAUCGAUCAUUUCACAUUUAAAAUUUGCCAUCUCUUUUCAAUUCAAGUUGUUCCAAUAUCAAAUAUCCACAUUGAAAAAAUCCAAAAUUCGGGCUUAAAAGUUUAUAAGGAUGUCCUGAGGGAUGAGGAUGGUAUAGUUGACAUUAGAGAUUAUCUCCGUAUUUCCAGGAAGAUGAGGUAUCACAACUCUAAAUCUUCCCAGUUCAGAUUCAAUGGGAUAUUAUUGUUGGCCUUUUCUUGGAAUGAAAUUUCCAGGUUUUUCUUCCCUCCAUAUUAA